AUGGACGAGCGCAAUUUUGAUGGACGUAGGAAGGAAAUUUUGCAGCAUGCGAAGUUAUAUUUCUGUUACUUCCUUCUUUAUUUUAUUUAUCGGGUUUCUUUAUUUUGUUAUUACCAGCCGGAACGCAUAAUAUCACCAUACACUGCGAUAGUAAGACGCAGUAGUAACCCGUUCGAGUUAGCCCAUGUCCUGGUCUCCUGGUUGAUCGGAGCCGGUUAUGAUGCAUACGUCGUGGUCGGCUGCGCUAAGCGGGACGUCUGCAUGGCCAUACGAUACAGGACUGUCUGUCCAGAAAUACCCGAUGAAACUGAGGUCACCGAAGAAUCAGUACCUCCAGAAGAGGAACCUCGCUACCGUCUCGUACCCUUACCGGAUCUCACCUCAAAGUACUGCAAAGAGAUGGACCGUAAAGAAGCAGAGAAGAAACAAGCGGAAUUGGACAAAAAGGAAAAUGAAAGAUUGAAGAAAAUUGCGGAGCUUGAGAAGCCACCUCCAGAUGAUAUAGACGGUUGGCGUACUCACGCAUGGGUUAUGGUACUACCAGGAUUCAAGGGAAUUCAGGAGCCCUUCUUUAUCGAGCCCAGUGAAGGGAACGCGUAUCCCUUGAACACACCUCAGUACCAACAACUGGACAGUGUAUACAAUAAUGAAAAUUAUUACGUAAAUCUCCAAAGCUGCGCAGAAGGCCUGGGAACCAUCAGCUACGACCUCAGUGACCUCACGUGCUGGGAGCACUUGCUUGCCGGCGAGCCCUUCCACCGGCGCCAGUUGGUUGGCGUCGACUACGCUGAUAAAAAGACUGCCUUCGAUACUGAAAAACAUCUUGACGUGCCUACGAGUUGGGUAGAAAAGCUCGAUAUAACCGCUGAUGAGUACGAGCAAAGAUAUCCGGGCAGCCACAAGGUUAUACGUUAUAAAAAAGUCGUGUUGGAAAAAUUCGCACCCUACUCGGAAAGGGAUGGCAUUAUCAAACGAGUGAAAAUAUUCGAUGACUAUGCUUUAACUAUUCCACUUCUUACAUAUGAAUGGUACAAGAACAGGGUGGAUAAAAUGUUAACGGCAAAAAUUGACCACACAAAGCGAGAAGUGAGAGAAACAUUUGGUGUCGGUCGAAAGGAUCAUCUUUUGAAACACGUAUAUUCUCUGGACGCUCCACCAGCAUCAGUGGAAGGGGAACGUACUCUGGAGUUCAACUACUAUGCACGUCUUGAUCACCUCACUAAGCUCGUCUGCACGCCUCUUACCUUCGACGAAUACUACACGGACAGAGCGGACAGGCUCGAAACCCGUUUCAUAACAUAUACGGAAGGAAGUAAAUCUGAUCCAAAGAGACAAGUCAAAGAUAUAGUCGAGACAUACAGUCGAAACACUGACAUCCCUUCAAAGGACGACAUUUGGAAGAAAAUAUUCCACAUCCAGGAGAACACAAUAGAACUAUUAUACCAUUAUGAUUACAAUUUCGUCACAAAUAAUACUCGUUCUUUUAUCAAACCGAAUUUGGCGGAAACGGGUGGAAAGAUUCUGUUCUACCCGGACAAAACGAAUGGAUACAUAGCCGAUCCUUGUGCAAAACCACCUCGCCCACUGGACGUAUACUACGCUCUCUGCGACAACAUGGACAGCGAAUACCAGUCUCGUAAACAUAUACGUGAUCGUGAGACUGAUAUCAAUGGUUAUCUGAAACAACGUCAGCACGAACUCAUUGAACCAGUUCUCUUCGUUGCACUAUUUGAUACCGAGAGGAAUGAAGCGGCUAAGAAAGGUUGGCAAGAGCAAGAAGCCCAAAAGGCUGAAAUAACUGAACGGGAAAAGGAAGCUGAAAUAGAUCCUCUCGCUCCGUACCUCGCGCGUAUGUUUGGGUCGGGACACGGUGCAGGCGCACUCACCGUUAAGGAAGCGACUAUUGUGAGGGAGCAGUGUAUCAACGACUUCAAAGCCAAACAGCUGGCUAGACAAAAUCUUGUCCAGGAAAGAUUUGAUAAGCUUAACGCUGAAUACAAAAACAAAAGAUUGUGGUAUUUGGCGAACCAAUUUAUUCUUACUCCUGAAAAGGAAAGCGCAUACUUUGCUAUGAGUGCUGAACUGGCGUUCCAAGUGCAUACCCUAGAAGUUCGUCUAACAAGGCAUAAAGACUUGUCAGGUCCGAGAUUGAAGGCAUUGGAAGAUUAUUUGGGCAAACAUCCCUUACUCAAGGAAUAUAACCGUAUGAGACAUUACUAUCGCAUGAAAUAAUAACCUUUAAUUAUUUUUGUGUUUGGAAUUUGCUUUUGAUUUUGUAUAUUUCAGAAAUAAAUUUAUUGGAUGUUG